AAUUGUAUCUGUAACGUGACUAAACGUUAAAACGACCAUAAAAUCCCUUCCGCAUCCAUUUGAAUGGGGUCUCAUUUUUGGGCUCGUCGUGACUCACGAACAUUAUUUAAAGUUAAGCGUUUACAAAACUCUGGAAUCCUUUUAGCCAAAUGUGCAUUUUGUUCGAGUUUAAAGACCAAUUUGGGAAUUGUGUGUCAGCAUGAGUGUGUUCCUGCUGGCCCUCCCGGCUCUGGACCAGCUGGUGUGUGUGUCCGUGGCUCUACCGCCGGUGGAGGACGUGAGGAGCCGGCAGAUGGAGACCUGCAGAGAGCUGGUGCUGCUGUACUCUGACCUCCUGGCCUCUCCAGCUCUCGACUCCUUCUCUGACAUCACGGUCGUCGUGUCGAUCCCGUUUUACCAAAGAGGCGUCCUCCAGGUGUUUGGACGGGGACGCAGUCUGCAGCUGGGCUGUCCUCAGUGUGUGUCUCCAGGUGUCCUCCAGUGUUGUCUGUCCUACUCUCUGAUUACCAGACUGUCUCCCAGCUGGAACAAAGCCGGACUCUACCUCAUCUCAGGGAAAGACUUCCUGACCGAGAGCGGCCGGCUCAACGCUGUCGGCAUGGAGCUGAGCACCAGCGAGGGCCAACUGGUCCUCAACAUCGGAGCCGACACAGUCCGACUGCCACCGGCCAGACUGGAGGACUUUGACCUCCCCCCGUUGGUGCUCAGGAGGUUUUGCAGUGACCCGGUCUCUGUCCUUGACCCCUCCUCCACCGGCCGGGCCCUGUGGUGUCACGUCCUGCCCAGCAUGAAGAAAGGUCAGAUCAUCAACAUCACCCGUCAACUGCCCAGAGACGGACCAUUCCGGACCUACAGAGACCUGCAGAACCACUGGAACCGCCUGGAAAAGUUUUUAAUAUAA